AUCCAUCAAACAAACAUCUGCAUAUACAGAGAGAGAGAGAGAAGAACCAUGGCUGGUGGUCGGUUCCAAUCUCUUCUCCAUGCCACUUCAAGACCCUCCUUGGUAAAGUCUAGCAGUAGUAGGCCAUUCUUCAACAACAUUAUGAAUUAUGGGCAAGCGAGCAAUGGAACUGGAAACCGUAGUAACCGUUUGAUGGAAGAGAGGGCACCUUCCACAGCUGAAGAGUUCCAAAGAGUUGCAGAGGAAAAAGCCAAGGAAACCAAGGAAGAGGUGGCAAAUCAGAAUGUUGAAAAGUCAUAUGAUGGUGCACAAGAAGAGGGUACUAAGGUUCAAUCUGUCCAGAACAGAUACAAAUAGCAUCAAUUGCCAAAUUACAAUGUAGAAACCUACUUUCUCAACUAUGAGAUCUCUAUUCUAUCUAUGUAAUAAUAAUAAUAAGAUUAUUGUGUUAUUUUCCUAGAGAUCCCUUGUAACUUGUAAGCGUUUCUGCAGCAGCAGAAGAAACUAAACAAUUUACCGGCUUCGGUCUUUUAUUAAUUAUUACUCAUGUUAUUAAUUAUUAAUCA